AUGUAACAAAUAAGAGGCGCACAAAAAGGGGGGAGAACACAAGCCGACCGCGCAAAAAGUAGUCGGCAGUCCCACUUCCGGGGAUGCGGCACAGGAUCUACUCGCGCAAAGUUUGAGAUUUUGGGGGGCCGCUGCAAAUAUGCAGAGACCGGGAGGGCAAGGGACCGCCUUUUCCAUCGAUUCCCUCAUCGGGAGCCCCCAGCCCAGACCGGGACACCUGCUCUACACGGGCUACCCGAUGUUCAUGCCCUACAGGCCGCUGGUCAUCCCGCAGGCCUUGUCCCACUCCCCUCUCUCCUCCGGGAUCCCCCCGCUGGCCCCGCUCGCCUCCUUCGCCGGCCGCCUGACCAACACCUUCUGCGCCAGCCUGGGCCAAGGCGUGCCGUCCAUGGUGGCCCUCACCACCGCCGUGCCCAACUUCUCGGACCCCCCGGACACCUUCUACCCGCCGCAGGAGCUGCCGGGCCCUCGCCUGAGCGCGGCCGAGCCCGGCGCGAGGACGCACGAGAGCCCGCUGCACUCGGACGAGCUCCGCGGCCGCGACAAGAGCUCCGACCUGCUCAACUUCUCCGAAACUUUUCAGGCGAUAUCAGGCGAGACCAAACUGUACAGUUCCGACGACGAGAAAGCAGACCUGAAGUCGGCGGAGGCCGCGUGCAGCGACCGGGACGACAGCUCGGGGGACAGCGACAACGAGAGCUUCUCGGACGGCAACGCGUGCGGGCCUCACCCGCAGAAGGCCAAGCUGAAACUCGGGGCGGCCGCCAUGCACGACGCGCUGCCGCCGGGCGCCGCCUCGGCCGGCAAGAGUCGCCGGAGACGAACCGCCUUCACCAGCGAGCAGCUGCUGGAGCUGGAGAAGGAGUUCCACUGCAAGAAGUACCUGUCGCUCACCGAGCGCUCGCAGAUCGCGCACGCGCUCAAGCUGAGCGAGGUCCAGGUGAAGAUCUGGUUCCAGAACCGCCGCGCCAAGUGGAAACGUAUCAAGGCCGGCAACGUCAGCAACCGCUCGGGGGAGCCCGUGAGGAACCCCAAGAUCGUCGUGCCCAUCCCGGUGCACGUCAACAGGUUCGCCGUGCGGAGCCAGCACCAGCAAAUCGAACAAGGGACGCGGCCGUGAGCGCCGCGGAUGACGUCAUAAAAACAGACCCAAAAAAAAAACCCACUUCGAGUGACUCCGGCAUGAAGCACAAACUGGAGCGACGACUGGAAAUAUGCUGUCACUUUUAUUUAUUCAUUUGUGAAUAUGUACAUAUUUAAAAGAAGGAAGAAGAAAAAGACGAACAGUACAAACGGGCCCUAUAACAAGAAUGUGUCAAGACAUUUUUUUUCUUUUUUAAUAUUUAUAUGUCAGGCCAAAACUUUCUGUUGGUUGCAUGUCGUUUCCUCAUUUAGUGGAAAGUUUAACUUUUAGGGUUUUUUUUUUUUUUUUUUCAAGAUUGCUUAACGUUUGGUGUUUUGUACAAAUUUGUUUGCAUGUAAGACGGUUUUGGUUUUUGGAAGGAGCACAUUGGACAGAUGACGAAAAACGGAAGCGAGCAAUCAAGGGACGAGUGUAAAGUCUAUUGAGCAAAUAAAUUCGUUUAUAUAGCAAAGUCGGAUUCCACUUUUGAAUCGUUCAAUAAAACAAUCGUUUGACAGGUGACAUUUUGUGUGUGGCAAGGACCAAUAGAUAGACGACAGCGUUAAAAAAAACAACUAAAACCCCAAUUAAAACAUUAUUUUUCAAUUAUUAUUUUGCUCUCAGAUGUUAAAAAUAGUCACUUCAAUCUUAAUGUCAUGUUGCAUGCGUGAAAAAUCAAAGAGGGAAAAAAAAUCAAUGUGGUUCCGUUUCAUUUGUCAAUUCGGGAUGGCAAAUGGAGUGAUUUGUUUGAAAGUGGUCACGUGACCGAUGGCGCACCAGGGGCUCGUCUUCACCCUCGUUCACUAAAAGUUUACAAAAUUCACAAAAAAAUAUCACAAUCUAAAACAAAUGAAUCCACAGCAUCGAUUCAACAUGUGUUUGUGUGUGUGUAUACAUAUAUUGAAUAUUGGGGGUUAAUUACAUAUCAAUUACAGUUCCUCAGAUAUUUUUUUUUAAUUUUAUUUUAUAAAUAGGUAGUAGCUCAAACGGGUAUUGUACUAUUAUAUUAUAUAAUUUUACGUGUUCAACUGCCCUGAUUUAAAUCUGCUGAUAUUUUUCAGAUCAAGAUGAGAGGUUGCUGCAAAAUGGUUUACUCCCCCGGGGGGUGGGGGUGGCUCAAAGUAUUGAUGUUUUCAUGUUGAUUUAUGAACAAAAUAUUCGCUUUGGUUACACGUCACAUGACGUCAUAACGUGGUUGCAAAAGCCUGAAGCCUGGAAUCCUCAAAUUGUUUGAAAAUAUGGAAAAAUAUCACAAACUAUAGCAUUUAUUUUUUAGGCCUAAUUUCCCCCUUCUUAAACAUGUAAUGGAAUUUGAAUCAUGUUAUUGAAUUACAGUAUAUUAUUGGAUGAUGGUACUGAUUUAUGAACAUUUUUGAGAAAUCAACACCAAAGGAGGGUUUAAACACGACCCCCCCCGCCCUACACACAAAUAGUUCUUC